AUGAGCGAGAAGUUAACCCCAGAACAGAUCGACGAGUUCAAAGAAGCGUUCAGCAUUUUCGACAAGGAUGGCGACGGCAAGAUUUCCGCAUCAGAGCUAGGCACAGUGAUGAGGGCGCUGGGCCAGAAUCCAACGCAGCAGGAACUGAACGACCUGGUGAACGAGAUUGACACGAACGGCAACUCCCUGAUCGAGUUUUCCGAGUUUCUCACCAUGAUGGCAAGACAGAUCAAGGAGCAGGACGUGGAGGCCGAGAUCCUGGAGGCGUUCAAGGUGUUUGACAGUGACGGUGACGGCAAGAUCUCCCAGACGGAGCUGGUCCGCGUGCUCACGACCAUCGGCGAGAGGCUCACAGAGGAGGAGGCCAGACAGAUGCUCCAGGCCGCCGAUACCGACUCGGAUGGCCAGAUCGACAUCGAGGAGUUCGCCAAGAUCCUGCGUGGGAAAUGA